AUGAUCGUAGCCGAGAGAACCCAAUCCCGAGUAGGCGGGAUUGGGUGAGGUGGUUUAUACUGGGUCCAGGGGGGCUGAACUGGGCUGGCGAGUUGUACUACCUUAGUCCCCAUUUUUUUGUUAUAACAAUCGACAAUAAAUUUUUGAAACAAAAAAUUACCAACCAUUGCCCAAAGUACUUCAAAAAACCCAAUCGGUUCUUGGCUCUGCGUUUUAUUUUUAUUGGCAACCCUAAUUUUCGCUUUGAGACUGGGAAUUUUAGUCAUUGGGGGCCGAUUGGGGGCCUGGCGGGGGCCCCGGUCGGCCCGGCCCGGGGGCCGGAAGAGGUCGGCCCGGCCCCGGGGCCUUUAAAACUCGUUCGGCCCGGCCCACUAGCCAUGUCUAUUCUAGAUAGCUACGGAACACCGUAUUUAUCCAUUUAUACGAUGAUAGAAAAAAAUUUGGUCAUAAGGAGUUAGACUUGGGGAGGCUUUUGUUUCCAUGGGCCGGCUCGGGCCGGGCCAAAGCAAAUUUGAAACGGGCCGGGCCGAUAGAAAAUUUGAAACGGGCCGGGCCGGCCGACGAGCCAUGUCUACCUACGAAUAGUAGAUUUCUUCAACAAAUAUAUACAACCACAGAAGCGGGAAGAGGCACAAAAGAAUAAUUGCACACUGGGGCCAAUGCCCUAUCUGAAUGUUCUGAAAGUUAGCUGAAAAUGGUAGGGCGUAGCUCGGAAAACAAGCUUUUGCAGCUCGCCGGAGCCAAAUUUCAGCUUUUUUUUCGAGCUGCGCCCAAGACGCGAGCUGCGCCCAUGCAAGUUCUCCGAGCUGCGUCCUAUAAUUUUCAUUAAACUAGAAAAGGUAAGAUUUCUCUUUUUGCAUCCGGUUUAGGAACAAGGUAGCCAAUCCUUUUGUGUGAAACAUCCUAACGGACGUUUUAAAGAAGAAAUCUGGAAAUUUGACAAUGAACAAAGGGCACUUGUCAAUACAUUAGCGUUGGCUUUGAGCUCGCCAGGAAGAGGAAGGAGAUAGACGAGCUAGGCGUGAAACAGAAGGCUGAAAGAACCGCCAUAUUGGAAAAGCACAUUGGAGAAUCCAUGGAAAUACGACCGAAGACUCCUGAAAAUGACGUCGAAGUGGCACUCUUCAUAAAGAACGCCUACCGGUUCACCGAAUUUUAG